UGAAACGCCGUGUGAUUGUUUAAGGAGAGAAUUGUCAGGAAACGCCUGGAGUUAUCUGAUAAUCUGAGGAUUAAUCACUUGAAAUGACUUUUUCAGGAAAUGUAAUUCACUACAAGAGUUUGCUCGUUUUGAAGGAGUUGCCACCUAAUCUACGAUAAAGCUUAACAAGGACUAAAUUAACCAAGAUGAACACGGGUAUUAUCGGCCUUUUCCUGAUCUUCUUAGUUAAAGGUAUUGCUGGUGAAUGCAUCUACCCGGACUAUUUACAGAGCGGAGUGAUCAAGGGCGAAUUGCAGCCAUGGAAAACAAGAACUUGGUGGAUUAAUGUUCGAGACAAACCGAGAUGGAAAGAACGUGAAGAAAUCUAUGUAGAUGGAUCAAAUAUGUGGUACCAACGUGAAACAGACUAUAUCCCAUGCGAGAAAAAAACUCGCCGCGUUUCUCAAGAAGCGCCUUCCUUUGGAAAGUGUGUUACUCGAACUUUACUAUACAAUCGGACUUGUUUGAUACAAGAAGGUUACAAUAAAUACAGAAUCGUCCAAUAUACUCCGGGAAGGUCCCCAGUGUAUAUAUGUAUGAUGUACAUCAAAAGAAGUGAUACCGUUAUACAGACAUUUCAAGGCCCCAUGCGAGACAAAAAUGUACCUGAUUUGUGCAAUCAACAGCGUAUGAUCCUCGAUAAAUGGCCGUGGAUAGCAACAUGGAAACCACAAGGAACAGAUUGUCCAAUCAGUGGAGGUUUUACAUUUAGAACCAUAAGUAGACUGACGAAUCAGGAUAUCUGCGAAACAGAUUGGCGGAAAUCAAAAUUGGAAAUUGAAUGUAUAAAAGGGGACGGACUUGAUUUUAUAGCUCCAAAAGGAAGCAAAUGCAAUCCGUUCUUAUCACACGGGGAACGCAAACGUCUAUACUGCUGGGCAGGAUGGGAAUAUGGGCAGUAUAUAUACAUGGUAGCAUCGGGUGAAGAGGAAGAUCCCCAGUUCUGUAUUAGGAUACCAAAGAAGCAAGACGGAGAGUUUGUGGCCCUUGUGUACUUCAGUGUUAUUUGUCCCGUGGAAGACGAUGGUCAGCCCCCAACUGGAUUUGACUAUUAUGAACUUCACUUAGAGAGGACGGACCCAAACGUUUGUGAGGACGAAAAUAGAGAAAUGUGUGCGAAAUUUCGAGAAAGGGGUGUAUGUGACAAGCCAAACAACAAAUUCAUCCAACACUGCAAAAAGAGUUGCAAUAUUUGUGAAAAUAGAGCGGAGUUAUUGCAGUUUCAAUGUCAGUUUAACGGGAUUUUACACGGAGAAUGGGUAUUGUAUGACAGAGGAAGGCAUGAACAAAUCCACAUCAACAGUUCCGUGAUGACGUUUUCCCACUUUGGUGCCUUUCACUGCAAGGAAAGAACGCAUGAAGAACGAAAAUAUAAACUCAUCUCGGUUUUUGACAAUGGAUGUACCAAGCGAUACACCUGCAUAGAACUAAAUAGAAGGAACAACAAUAUCCUGCAAUAUAGAAUCAGCCAUAGUCUCCGACAUGAUGAAGAAUUCACUGAGAUGUGUCAGUUUCAUGACGACCCCUAUCCGCUCAUGGAUACAUAUAGAAGUUCCGGCAUGAAAAACCUUAUACUGAACAAACGCCUGUGGGAUCAAUCUUGUGGACUUAAAAGCACUAUACCUUUUAAUGGAACGUUUAAUGGCGAAGAAUGUUUCGGGAACAUAUCUGACUGGGACGAUCAGAGAUGUGCCCAGAGUGGCGUUCUAAAAAUCAGUGCAGAUAAUUGCUUACCCUUAUUAGCCUCAAAACGAAAACAGUACCAGUGCCUUCUGUUUCUUGAGGACCAGGUAGGGCUGUUCGACCACCUGCUGAUCACACGGUCAAUGGAUGGACGUAACGAGUUCAAUUGUUGGGUAAUAUCGCAAUACGCAGGACCAGGAUUCACUUCUCCCUUCCGGGUUGUGUACCAGAUGCCGACACCCCAGUGUUCGUCAUUCUCCAAUGUAUACGUACAUGUAGAUAGACGUCCUAAGGCCACUAUUCAACUUAUCGAUGAUCACAUGUCGCGUAGAUGUAUACCAACAGAAAGGGAAGCACAAAUUAACCGUGAACGGGAGGGCCAAAACGCGUCUGACUUGGAGGCUACAACUGUGGAUGACGGAAAACGUGAAGUAUACAGUAUACACCAGGAGGAUAAUAUAGACGAGACGAUCAUUUCAGUAGCGGGACUAGAAAACAAAAAAACGAGUUCGCUCAGUGGAGCAGUAUCAGUUCAUUUGACUUUCUCUGUUAUGUUUAUGGAAGUUGUAACAUGUGGAAUAAUCUUUAUAAUGAGCUUAUGACAUAUCUUGUGAAAUAUAUUUUUGUUGAUUGCAUGUGCUUUCAAACAUGCAUACUCUCAAACGCAAUAUAAAGUUCUCAGAUUUUCCAACCGAUCUGUUUCUUUAUCUACGAUUUCGGUGCAUCUUUUGUUUUAACCAAACAAAUAACUGGGAUUUUUCGUUUGUUUUUUUUUGUAAUUUUUUGAAAGUUUUAAUCAA